AACCAUCCACCUUCUUUUCCCUCCUUCCCCCAGAGUGUGCGGGAGCCCGGCUCUACAGCUUCAUCCGGAACUCGCCCAAUUUCCUGCAGUAAUUUUGAUGUUUUCCACUCGGUUAUCUCCACAAACCACCAGCUUGCCAACGCGGCAUCACGCAGACCGUACUUGCAGCCUUGACGGCGUGGAUUGCAGGCGGAGAUUCGCAGCGCAGCCGCGCCGCAGAAGGAGCAGCAGGCUAGCAGGCGAGGCGGUCUCGCCCGACCCAACCCCGUCCUAUCGCUGUACUCAGUCUCGCCCCUCCCAUCUUUUGCAGUCAUAGUCGCCUUCAUUCGCAGCCUGUCGACACGCCUCUGUCCCUCUCCGUGUCAGUCCCCGGCCCGAAUCGCGUCGCUCUCUCGUCGCUGUUUGUUCGCAGCAGGCCGCACCGUCGGGUUUGCACCUGGUGCGCGCCCAAGGAGGCAGAAUCAGCCAAGGGGGGCUUUCUCGAGCGGUGCCACGUCGUUUCGCAACCGCGCUCGCAGACUUUUCAACAAGACCAAACGCCCUCGCCGUCAUUGACCGCUGCCUGCUGCGCUCUACGCCAGCCGCGACGCCAACGCCGUCCACGCGCAGACACGAUAUUUUCGCUUUUUCGGAAAGAUGAACAACGUCGGCAUGGCAAACAUGGGCCCAAUGGGUGGUCCUGUCGGGGCUACCAUGCCCAUGAUGAACAACGGCAGCGGACCGGCGGGUCCCCAGAAGAACAGUAGAACGCUAUUGAACACAUAUAUCUACGAGUACUUUCUAAGGUUUGAGAUGUACGAUUGUGCCCGGGCUGUCCUGAACAGCGACCCGCAACUCAACGUAAAGAAGGACAAGCGAGAAAUUCGGGACGAGAACGGGAAUAUCACCACCAACGGUCUCGGAGACGAUCCUAUGGAUACCGACUCCAAGGAUGACAUCGAGGGGAAGCGCCCAGACGACCUUCCGGCGCCCUCGCUGCCCACCUCGCAGACAGACAGUUGCUUUCUCCACGAGUGGUUCUGCAUCUUCUGGGAUAUCCUGAAUGCGCAAAAGGGCCACGGCGCGAGCCCACAGGUCAAGCAAUACGUUGGCCACACCCAGGCUCAAAACCGGAUGAGGCAGCAGCAGCAACAAGACAUGCUGCGGACUAUGCGCACCGAUAUGACCCACCAGCAGCAGAUGAUAAUGCGAGGCAUUCCCCCCGGGGGCAUGACCAUGAUGAGCAAGGGGAACCUGCAACGGGCUGCCAUGGCCAACAAUCAAAACCCCCAGAUGAUGCUUGCGCACCAGAAACAGGGUCAGAUGCAACGUGAUCCUUCCGACAUGGACGGCAACCGGCAACGCCCAGGAUCGCCAAACUCGACCGACAACGCGCCUUCGCCUUCCAAGCGCGCUCGCCUCGAUGCGGGCCCCUUCAACCAGAACCAACCUGGGAUGUUGUCCAACGGGCGUCCUGCCGGACAGGGCAUGCCAGGCCAGCAGGUAGGCCACGGCCCUCAGCAAAUGCAGCAGAUGCUCCUCGCCAACGGCGUUGAUCCCAACGGAACUACGUAUGCGCAGAAUCUCCAACAGCAUCAUGGCAACCAGAUGCCCAACAAGCCGAUGCCCAAUGCCGGCGGUCCCCAGGGCCAAGGCUCUCCCAUGGUCCCCGGUGGCCCCGACAGCAACGCGAUCAACGCUUACUACAACGCUGCCGACAUGACAGGCGGUCCCGGCGGCAUGAGGCCCGGCGCCCCUGGGGGCGCUGGUGGAAGCAACCAUGCUCUGCAGGACUAUCAGAUGCAGCUGAUGCUCCUCGAGCAGCAGAACAAGAAGCGCCUCCUCAUGGCUCGCCAGGAACAGGACGGUAACGGUACGGGCAUGCCGCGGCCGGACGGCCCUGGUGUUGGCCCGGGCGGUCCCGGUGGCCCGGGAGGCCCCCCUGGAGCACCAAAUGGUCAGCCCUUCCAGGGUGCUUCUCCGCAGGGUGCCAGGCCUGGUGCGUCCCCGAACCCCAACGAGAUGAAGCGUGCCGGUCAAAUAAACAACGGAAACAUGGGCUCCCCUUUACCUGAAGGUGCUCAAAACCGGGAGUCGCCGAACCCCAUGAGUUUCGUCGGCAAUCAAAUGGACCCUAACAAUGCGCCGCACUUCUUCAACAAAGGCAUGAACGAGAUGAAUGGCAACAUGGUUGCUGCUCAGAUGAACGGCAUGGGACGGCCCCCGAGCUCUCACCCGGGGCAGCCUCCUUUCAACGGGAUGAACCCGGCGCAGCAGCAGCAGAUGAUGGUGGCCGCACGUCAACAGCAGCUUGUAGCUCAACAGCAAGCUCAGCAACAAGCACAGCAGGCGCAGCAGCAACAACAGCCCCAGCAGCAGCCUGGUGGACCCGGCGGACCUCCCAUGCAAUGGCAAGGCGGCCCUAACGGGAACACCAUGCCCGGUGGUCCGCAAGGGGGUCCUCAGCAAGGAGGGCCGCAGGGCCCACAUGUCCACGGGACCCCUCAGCAGAGGGCUACCAUGCCCCCACCUCCCACGGCCGCGGCGAACAGCAACGCAAACCAGAGGAACCAGACCGCAUCCCCGCAGGUCAGCACUGCGGCACCCCCUACGCCACAGCAGGGUAACAAGCCCGGCCCGAAAAAGAAGGACACGAAGGCCAAGGACAAGAAGAAGUCCAACGCGAAUCUCAAUGCUGCUGCCGGCUCCACCCCCGCUGCGGAUGCCCCUACGGACGGCGAGCCGCCGACUCCGGCGACUCCAAUCACGCCCAUGGCGUCCCAGAGCUUCGGCAACAAGGGCCAGAAUCCAGCCCCUACCGCAGCCCCCGUUGCCCAGCCUUUGCCAAACGGCCAGCCGCCCACAGGUGCACCGGCUGCUGCACCUCCGGUUGCCCCGCCUCAGCAUGCGGAUCCGAACCAGUUUGGCAUGGGAGACGUGGACUUCGGUGGCGGCAUGGACUUCGCGAACCCUCUUACAUCGACGGAUGUUCUCACCGACUUCGACUUCGACACGUUCCUGCACGACAACAGCGAAGAGAACGGAUUCGACUUCAGCUCGACUACCUUCGGAAUGGAAAGCGCAAACGAGAUUGGGGCAGAGUAGGAAUCUUGCUCGCUCGAGCUACCUACUCCCGUCGUGGGUCAGCAAAGCUUCCUGGCUCUGCCGGAGAAUCCGCCUUCGUAGCGGGGUCUGGACACGCCUCUGGCCCUGUCCCGUCUUUGCCAACAUCAUACAUCACAUCUAGCUGCUCACGGUGUUCCACGGUCAUUUACCACGGCGUUCCUCCGGCCUGGAUUCUUCUGUAUCUUUUUCUGUGACUUAACCCUACCUUUUCUCCUCGUCCAGCCGCAUUUUCCUGUCAACGCUUUAUCCCGCGAGUGGGACUCAACUUAGACCUUCCCCUGAGGCCCUACUCCUGUUUUUGGGACCUUCACUCGCAGUCACCAUCUUGGCCAUGUUCCUCUCCGUCAGGCAACUUCUUCCCCCUGUCUAUAUCCAAAAAUGGCUUGCAGCUACAUCUAUCCAUAAUCCUCGUUACUCACUGCGGGCUCGAUCGUCAGCCUCACCGUCUUCAUCGAUUUGUUCGGGUCAAGCAUUCGCGAAUCCGGUGCCCUGGUUUCUCCUUCGUUACUUGUUCACUUCGGAUAGUCUGCUUUUUGUUCUUCUUUCAGGCUUCUCAUCGAUGGGGUCCUGGUGUUCUGCGCUGUGCUUUCUUGUAUCUUUUUUUGCCUCCAUUCCCGGAUAGUCCACGGCCGUUGCUUGCUCUCCGCUUCUGCGAUGGCGGCCUCACCUUUCAACGGACUACUGUCACAUAGGCAACUCACGAGCUCGGCUGGGAAUGGGGUUUGGGCAACGGCGGUGGGCGUGCUGUUUUGGCUUUGACUUGUUUUAUUUCCCCACUCCAUUUUCUUACCCUUUGGCACACGUAUCCACGUCACGUGAUGGAUAUGGAAUGCUCUGCCGCCCGUUGGUGGCGCCACCUGAGCAGAGACCCUCGUUCUUGUUGCGUCUGCCAGCUGAUAUGCCGAGGCCGUGCGUGUCUGCCGCAUGAUAGGCGGAGUUGGUCCGCUAGCAGGCACAUGGAAUCCCAGGGGCAUGUCUGGAAACCAACGAAAAGAAAAAGCAAGGUGAAAAUUUCAGCCGAUUUGUUGUUUCCCCUCACGGCCAUGGUGUUGGUGUUGUCUCAUUUUAUGGCCGUCUUCUUCCCUUUGUUAUUUCCCUGUAUCCGUUUUAUAAGUGCUGGUUAAGACCAAAGAUGUCGUGGUCGAUUGGGCAAGGUCGUGGAGGACAGACACCCCUG